GGUAUGAUCAUAUACAUAUUGCUAAUGCACGAGUGCUCUUUAUUCGCGAUUUUAUGUGGUCGUGAGUGUGACGUGGGUGAGGACAUAGCCUUCCGUUGAGUUCACGGACCGAGCAUGGGGACUGUGUUUGGGGUCACAGUCCCCAACGCAGCGAGCCUGGCUCGCCUCCAAUUCCGGAAGGCGUCCUUCCUAUGAUCGUGAUGAUAACGGCUCACAACGUCAGGUGGUACAUGAGGCGUGUACACGGGCGUUUCUGUGCCUUCAGAUCUCAAACCGUAUAUCAGUCGUUGUAUCCUUACCGCGUAUACAAGCACAGCCAGUACCAGCGUGGCAGUUCACGCCAGUACUGCGUAGGGGUGCGCGCCUUCACCUGCGGUAGCAGCUCCACCAUCUAUGUCCUCCGACAACUCCCAUCCCUCAUUUCCGCCGAAUUCGGACACGGACAUCGUGCUCUGCUCCAGAGACGGUGUAUCCUUCUGCGUUCGCUCCUACAUCCUGAAGUCAUCAUCGGGCUGGUUCAACAGACUACUCACGGACCCCAAAGAUGUUCCCAGACUUGCUCCAAACGAACCUAUCCGUAUGCCAGAAGAAGCGGCCGUCGUUGCAGGGCUGCUCAAGACCGCGUUCUCGAUGGAGAUGCCCCCCGUCGACUCCACCGAGCUAUUGCUAGACAUCCUGCGUGCGGCGGAGUACUACGAGAUGCCCGCUGCGAUUAUGCUCAUCCGCGCAUGCCUCACCUCCGACGUAUCGAAGGUCUCUCCUAUACGUGUUUAUGCCAUCGCAUGCGAGCGCGGCUGGCAGAGGGAAGCGGAGUGGGCGCUAGCGAGGACGAUACACAUGGACCUCUGUGCGCCCGAGGUCGCUGAGCAGCUCGUCAAGCUCGACGGCUCUGCGAUCAUGAAGCUCUUUGUCCUGCAGCGCAGGCGGAGAGACGCGCUGCGGGAGAAACUCGACGACAGCAGCGUGUACGACAAGGGGAACGUGGCCCCUCAAGUCUGUCCGAGAUGCGACAGGAAUAUCGGGAGCAACCCCUGGUUGGCGCUCAAGUCGUGGUGGUUAUCGAGGGCCGAGGCGGUCCCCGUCAGCAUCGAGGAUAUCGAUUGUCCUGAGGUCCAAGUGGCCGCCGAAGCCAGUUGUCCGAAUUGUCGCGAGACGCUCUACGAUGCAACACAUACGAGAACGAAUCUCCGCGCUAUGGUGAAGUCCCUACCAAGCAAACUCGAGACGCUGAGUACAUGACAAGGUCCCGAUUCGCAGAGUGCUAAGCAGAGGUAUUCAUUAUCGUUCUCUGUGUUGAUAACCGGAUCCCUAUACAUACCCCGGACAUACGCCUGAACGUUGAUCCUUUCGAGGCUGUACCUUCGAGGCUGCGCCGAAGACUGUCAGUAUAGACAGACUUCGCUUCCCAUGGCUACUUGGUCACGGGUUAUGUUUUGGCGAAUUGGUGCGCUUCGAUUAUGGAGAUGGUAUGCCUACACAACACCUGCAUGAUGGGUCGUUGCUCCACAAACAGCACUUUACGACACCGUGACCACAUCAUCAGAAAGUAGUCAGCCAGAGACCUGGAUUUGGCUACGAACGUCAACGCCCCGGUCCCAGAGGACUAG